ACACAGUAACAUGACAGCAGCUAGCAAACAUCUCAUCUGCCUGGCUCAACGACGUUAUGGUUUCGCUAGCUGUGUGUUUUUGUCCUAUUUUUGAUUAAUUUUCCUCAGUUGCACACAGCCACAACUUAGCAUGUGCAACUAGAGCUUUUUAAUAAGUAGCCAGAUCGUCUGUCACGCUUGAAAUAUCGGAACCAGCGAUUGUUUGGACUUUUCGAGGCCGUGUACUUUAUUUUAAAGCCUAUUUUCAACACAUUUCUUUUUCAACGAUCAAUCAAGAUUUUUUUCUUUUUUAUUAUACAACAUAAUAUUGCCUAUUGACUACUACUUUUUUACAACAACAACAAGGAAUUGGGGUUGAACGCUGUUUGUUUUCCUACCAGCACCAAAGCUCAAAGAUUAUUAACAAAACAUAAUAUCACCAGCUGCGCAAAUACACUUUUUGUGUCAAUUUAUACAAUCUGGCAACCAGUACCCUCAUCAGAUCGAUUUGACCGAGCUGUCAAUCCAGUAUUUUUUUCCAGACUCAACGAUGGUCUCUUGUUAGCAGCGUUUGCUGUCAAUAUCAGAGCCUAAAAAUUGACCAAGUGCAGAACUAAAAAUCUUAUCUUUUUGACAGAUCAUCUAUAAAAGCCUUUAGACCUUCCUGAGUGUCACCACUUACAUGCUUUCAGGAAGAGUUGCCAGAUUUUGCAAACCUGGAAGGUUUUUUGUUGUUGUUGUUGUUCGUGUCGUGUUCUCACAAUUUUAACAUUUAAUGUCCAAUGUCUCGUUUAAUAUGAACAGGACUAGUUAAUUUAGUUCUUUUUUGGCAGCUGAGUGACAUUUUUAUUCGGUUUUUUAUCAUCCAGCUAUUUGGAAACCAGCGUGUUUAUUUGUUAGAUUUUUCUUUCUCCUCAUUUUAAUUUUUCGCACAUUUUAUCAACAAGCCCCAUAUCUAAACAUUUCCCUCGCUGCCUUGUACAAAUUAUUUAGUAAAUUCGUCUGACUGGAUUUUUUUACUCUAUACGCUGGAGGAAGAAGAACCGUGAAGGAACGAAAGGCUGCUGCUUGUUUUUGUUUUAUCUCAUUUAUUUCUGACCCGGAUUGUCGUUUUUUAUCGUUGCUUUCUGCUUAAAAUGACGGCUAUUGAGAAACUGCAGAUGUUGAUCGAAGCAGCUGAAUAUCUUGAUCGAAGAGAAAGAGAAGCGGAGCACGGCUAUGCCUCCAUGUUACCCUUCACCAGCAACAAAGAGAGGGAUGGCUUAAAACGAAAAAUCAAAAGCAAGAAAAAUUGCAGCAGCAGGUCUACACACAACGAGAUGGAGAAGAACAGGAGGGCACAUUUGAGACUGUGUUUGGAACGCUUGAAAUCUUUCGUGCCCUUAGGACCAGACUCAAACAGGCACACAACCCUCAGCCUACUUAUGAGGGCUAAGGAACACAUCAAGAGGUUGGAAGAUGGCGAGCGGAAGGCCCAGCACGCUAUAGACCAGCUGCAAAGAGAACAAAGGCACCUGCGCAGACGCCUGGAGCAGCUGGGUGUGGAGCGCACACGCAUGGACAGCAUGGGCUCCACCAUCUCUUCCGACAAAUCCGACUCCGACCAAGAAGAGGUGGAUGUUGACGUGGAAGGGACAGACUAUCUGCUGGGAGACCUGGAGUGGAGCACCAGCAGCGUAAGCGACUCGGACGAGCGGGGCAGCUUGCGCAGCAGCUGCAGUGAUGAAGGCUAUUCCAGUGCCAGUCUCCGUCGCCUCGCCAACCCUCAGGAGAAGAGCCCAGAGCUGGGCUGCAGUCUUUAAGAGCACAGAUCACCCCCCGGUUCCUCAGCCACUCAUCUCCAACCACUUCAACCUGAACCUCCAAUCACCUUCAGCCAGGUCCUCCUCUAAUACUUGAACGGUGUUGUCUCCUUUGUGACCGAAACAACGAAAAGGUCUUUCCCUUGCUCUGACAAAUCCAGUCUAGGUGUGCGUGUGCGAGUCAAGAGGAGGAAGCACGGAGAAAGUAUUGGAAUUUGGAUGUGCCGCCCACCAAACAGACCUCAUAUAUGCAGCACUAACUGGGAGAAAAGGCCGACCCUUCUUAACCAAGCCGCACCAAUCAGAUCUUCCCACCCAUUUGCCUUUGCUCCCACCCCACCAUCCUGGAGAGAGGCACACGAUUUGGGACAUUCCCAUUCCCGGAAGACCCUCAAAAGACCCUUAAAGACCUCAUAGCCAGAUGAAGAAUGUGUACCAUACCACACCCACUGCCUAGUCACUGUCGCACUCUGGGACAACGCACCCAGGCUGUCUUACGUUCCUUCAAUCAAAAACUGAACCGUCCAGACACAGGGCUGGGUCAUCUGACCAGUUAGCUAACCAACCAGAGCAUGGUAUUUUGCACUUAGAUGACAACGUCCGAAGAAGUGGCCUUUUUACACUCGUCUGAAGCCAGCUUUGCCUCGUCCCACGUAAUAGCCAAGGACCGGAUUUGGGAAAGCUGCGAGAUCAGAGCAAAAGGGUUACUUCUACCGUACAGGCAAAGAUCGCUUCGUGUCAAGAGAUGUGCUGUCAUGUCGUUUUGUUUUCUAAAACGUCUCUCCGAAGGGACUGCAGCUACUUUAGUGAUGUAUCAGGCGUAGUGUGUUAGCUAGUCUUAAACAAAAAAUAUCUACCUGCACUGUCUAAUACCGACACUCCCGUCACUGCACGGGCAGAGAUCACUGACGUGUUUUUUUUGUUUCCUGUUUUUGUUUUACCCAGCAAGCACUCCUAAUACUCAUGCUGUGCGAAAUCAUCAGGGCGGUAGCAAUACACCCCUCAACUGGACUUACCGACGGAUUCCUGACAUCCCAAACGAGAACAUCUCUAAUUGAUGUAGUUUUUGAAGCAUAUGCUAUACUUUAAAUGCCCCCCUGACCUGCCAUCUUGAAUUUUAUUACUACAACCAAGGGGCGAAACGACUGAAGCGUUUGCAGCAUGAGAUUCUUCGAAGGGUUUGUGGGUUGGGUUUAUGAAACUGGGGUGGGAAGAGGGUUGACGUCUGGAUCUCAGGUAUCUCUUCCUCUCUCUCUAAGGACAGUGGCGUUUUUUUGUGUGUGAUGCAUCUUCCUCAUGUUUGUCCGUUUUCUUUUCUCUCGACUGUUUAGCCCAAGAAGUGAGAGGGCAACUCUAGAAGCACAUUCCAUGGUUUAGCAGAGCUUUGCGUUAUUGCAUGGACUGCAGACACUUAUACAAAGGUCUGAGGCUUCAGAUUACCUACUGUAUGAGCGACGGACCCUUUCUGCUCCUGCACCAUCAGGCUCAUUGUAAGAGGUGUGUGUGUGUGUGUGUGUGUGUGUGUGUGUGUGUGUGUGUGUGUGUGUGUGUGUGUGUGUGUGUGUGUGUGUGUGUGUGUGUGUGUGUGUGUGUGUGUGUGUGUGUGUGUGUGUGUGUGUGUGUGUGUGUGUGUGUGUGUGUGUGUGUGUGUGUUCGUCGAUGACUGCAGCACUGCAUUGCAGUUUCACUCCUGCUACCCAGCUAUUACCAUUUCAGCUAAAUGUAGUCAUGAUGUGUAUAUAGUUCACAGAAAAAGAGAUAUAUCUACCCUAUAUGUACGUAUAUGGAUAAAGUAUUUAUAUUUGAUCUACAUUAUAUGUUAAAACAGAAUAUAAAUAUAUAUAUAUAUAUGAGAGAAUAUAUUUAAGUAGUGAUUGCCUUAGUUGCUUCAGUUCUCCUUAUCGUUAGUUUCAAUGUGUAGUUGAUUUGCACUAUAUAUAGAUACGUAUAAAUAUAUACCUAUUUUACACAUCCUAAAUUCUAACUCUGUGCUCGCAGAGCCAAAAAAAAACCUUUUUUUUCCUACACAAAAAUUAAAAUGUUUUGAUUAAAAAAAAAUUUAAAAAGUAAUAUAAACUGCAUUAAAAAAAAUAUGAUUGGGUCGUAUUUGUUAGUUUGUUGGUGGCAUUGCAAUUGUGGAAAGUGGGUAAUCAGUAGCCUGUUAUUAUCGUGCCUGAUCGGACUUGGGAGAAGCGUUUUCCUAAAACACUAGUGAGUAAAGUGGGUUCUAUAGGGAGCCUAGUGAAGGAUCUGUGUGUUUGAAUGUACUGAAAUCUACUUUUGCAUCACAAAGUGAGAUCUUGAAUUGUAGAAUAUAUCAUUUUUUAGACUGAUGCACCAAAAACGGAAUUUAAACAAACCGGAUUGUUCAUUCUUUCCAUAUGGAAUGCUGCUGUUGGGUAGUUUUAAAAAUCUUAAAUGAAAUCCCCCAAAAAAAGAAAUAAAACAUAAAAAAGUAUAAAACUUGUGUGAGUUGUAGCCAUGAGAGCAUUAGAGCACCGUGUAUUUUGGAAGGGGGGAAGGUGGUGUGUACAUGUUUGCUAGUUUGUGACGUCACUGUCCACAGACAGAGAGAAAGGGUUUGAUUUUUAUUCUUUUUUUCUCCUUGAGAGGACAAGGGGUUUUGGGCUAUAUGCCUUUUGUAUUGAUAUGCUUGUUUUUAUUUGUUACAAGUGUUUAAAAAAAAGUGAACUUCCUUCUCAAGAUUGUGUCUUGUUAAAAUUUGGUGUCUUGAAGUUUCUCACGACCCACUCCCAACAAAGUAGGCUCUGCUUUCUGUGUAGUUCAACCUUUUUUCCCCCCGGCUUUCUGAGUCUGCGUUUCUCCUCUCAUACGCCGUCUUCUGUGAACACCAGUGGCGGGACAUAGCUAACAUGUUGCACUUAUGAAUGUUACGUGAAAGACUAUAUGGUGCUGUCACUCACACGGAUGUGAAUUCCCGCUUUAACAUGAUGAACCCUUACUUUGUCCCGGUGCUGCGCUUGUCACAGUCAAUGAUGUCACCGCGGGGGGUAGAUGUACUACUUUUGAUUUGUAUAUAUUGGUUAUGUACCGUACGUAAAGUACGAAACGGCUAAAGCCUUAAGACAUACAAAUGUAUGAAAACAAUAGAUGUUAUCAGAAACUGAUUGCUGAAAUGAACCCAUCGCCAGUCAUUCCCACUUAUCGUGACUGCGUCUCAGGUGUUUCACACCUUUCCAAAUAUACAUAGACACAAACAUGUGUGCGCACACUCACACACA